AAAAGGUGGUGAUAUUCUGAAGUGCGAGAGAAAUAUGGCAGAGAGUGCAGUUCAAUUCUUACUGGAAAAGCUGGCGCCUUUGUUUGAAAAGGAGAUGCAACUGUUGAGAGGGGGUAGAGAAGAAGUUGCGUACGUAAGGGGAGAAUUGGAGCGCAUGAGAGCCUUCUUGAGAGUUGCAGAUGCAUUGGAAGACACUGACGAGGAACUCAAGGUAUGGGUCAAGCAAAUCAGAGAUAUUGCUCAUGACAUGGAGGACAUUCUCGACGAAUACAUGCUUCUCCUCACCCAUCAUCAUGGACGAGGUCUCUCUUCUUUUCUUCACAAGAUGUCUUGCUGUAUUCGGAACAUGAAGGCUCGUUAUCGGAUCGCUUCUGACAUACAAGGCAUCAACUCCAGAAUACGAGACAUCUGUGAUGGACACCGUAGGCUUCGUCAGAGAUUCUGUGCUGAUGAAGGAUCUAACUCCAACAGUGCAGGCAAUGCAUGGCAGGACCGCCGAGAGGACGCCCUUCUUUUGGAUAAAACGGAUGUAGUCGGCAUCAACGAGAGCAAAAAGAAGCUUGUCGGAUGGCUUAUCGAUGGCGGUACAGACCGCCGAGUUAUUUCACUAUUGGGAAUGGGUGGUUUGGGGAAAACCACGUUGGCGAAGCAAGUGUAUGAUGAUGCAGAAGUGAAGAAACAUUUACCGAUCCAUGCUUGGAUCACGGUUUCACAAUCUUUCAAGUUGGAGAGUCUCCUUAAAGACAUGGUUCAGCAACUCUCCAGAGUGAUUAGUAAACCAAUCCCUGAUGGAGUGGACAGCAUGAGCAGCUAUCAACUCAAAACAAUAAUAAAAAACUGGCUGCGAAAAAGAAGGUACCUGAUCAUUUUGGACGAUCUGUGGCACAUUAACGGGUGGGAUGCUAUCAAGUUCGCCUUGCCUGCUAACGAUUGCGGCAGCCGGGUGAUGCUUACCACACGAAAUGCGGACUUGGCCUUUUCCUCUCGCAUAGAAUCCGAAGGUGAAGUGUACAAUUUGGAGCCUUUGCCUCCUGAAGAGUCCUGGACGUUGUUUUGUAGGAAGACUUUUCGAGGAAACUGUUGUCCUCCCCACUUGGAGGAAAUCUGUAAACAGAUCUUGAAGAAAUGUGCGGGGUUGCCUCUUGCCAUUGUUGCAAUUAGUGGUGUUUUGGCUACGAAAAACAAGCGAAGAAUAGACGAAUGGGAAACGAUUGGUCGUAGUCUUGGAGCUGAGAUCGAUGGCAAUGACAAGCUUAUGAAUUUGAAGAAAGUAUUAUCUCUCAGUUUCAAUGAUUUGCCAUACUAUCUGAAAUCAUGUUUCUUGUACUUGAGCAUCUUUCCCGAGGAUCACCCGAUCGAGCUUAUGAAGCUGAUACGACUUUGGAUAGCAGAAGGCUUCGUUGAAACAAAACAGGGAAAGACACAAGAAGAUGUAGCAGAGGAUUUCUUCAACGAGCUCCUAAACCGAAGCUUAAUUCAAGUAGCGGGGAUGACCAGUGAUGGUAGGGUGAGGUCAUGCCGCGUUCAUGAUCUUGUUCGAGAGAUCAUCAUAUUGAAGUCCAGGGAGCAAAACUUUGCUGUCAUAGCAAAAGAUCAGACCGCGGUGUGGCCCGACAAAGUUCGACGCCUCUCCAUUCAUAAUACGUUGCAGAACGUACUUCAAAACAGGUUUGUUUCUCAACUGCGGUCUCUCUUCGUGUUUGCGGUGGAAGAAAAUCCAUCCUUGCAUAAACUAUUUCCUGGAGGCUUUAAGUUACUUGCUGUGCUUGACAUGCAAGCUACACCCAUAACAAAGUUCCCAAUUGACAUUGCCAACCUGUAUUAUUUAAAGUACUUAAACUUAAGGGGAACCAAGGUAACAAUUGUUCCUAAGUUCAUAGGAAAGCUUCACAAUCUUGAGACCUUAGAUCUUAAACAUGCCUAUGUUACUGAAUUGCCAGUCGAGAUCCUACAGCUGCAGCGUCUCCGUCAUCUUUUAGUGUACCGAUACGAGUUCGAGUCGUAUGAUUAUUUCCACUCAAAAUACGGGUUUAAAGGUUUAGAAAGAAUAGGAGAGUUGCAAUCCCUUCAAAAGCUGUGUUUAAUAGAGGUAGACCAAGGGAAUGUGAUAUUGACAGAGUUGGGGAAACUCACUCAGCUGAGGAGACUCGGUAUCACAAAGUUGAAGAAGGAAGAUGGGCGGAAACUGUGCUCCUCUAUCGAAAAGCUGACAUGUCUUCGUGCUUUGUCUAUUAUAUCGAUCGAAGAAAACGAGCCCAUCGAUGUUCAACACCUCGUAUCUCCACCUCCAUUGCUUCAGCGACUGUACUUGAGAGGCAGAUUGGAGAGCAUGCCUCAUUGGAUCCGCUACCUUCAUAGUCUAGUUAAACUGUACCUAAAAUGGAGCCUCUUACCGGAAGAUCCACUAGUUUGUCUCGAACAUCUACCGAACCUAGUCCAUCUCGAAUUAGUACAUGUUUAUGAUGGAGACACACUGUGCUUCAAUGCUGGAGGGUUCAAAAAGUUGAAGCAUCUGGGCCUCGACAACUUCGACGAACUGCAAUGGGUGCAAAUCCAGGUGGGGUCGAUGCCGGGUCUAGAAAAGCUAAGCAUUCAGCGAUGUAAAUCAAUGGAGAAGGUGCCCUUGGGGAUCGAACAUCUUACGAAGCUGAAUGUUCUCGAAUUUUUCGACAUGCCGCAUGAACUUAUAAGGUCCCUACGGCAGGAUGAACAAGGUGAAGAUUACUGGAGAGUUGCUCACAUCCCUGAUGUGUAUUCUACAUACUGGAGAGAUGGAGCUUGGGAGGUGUAUUCGUUGGAGAGUUUUAUUGAAGGAGAGAGCUCUCCUCGCCCCAACACUGUCAUAAGUAGCCAGGAUCUUCAUGCACGUUGGAAAUGACCAAAACUCCCACACACUAAUAUUAAUGUAUUAUUAUGUAGAUAAUG